UUUCUGGCCGAACUGGUUGUGGUGUGACGUCUAAUCACCGCUACUUGGACAGUGUCCCGAAUCGCAUCUCCCCCUUUAAAUACACUAGAGCUUAUUCAGAAUUCCCCACCAAAUGCAUAGAAAUAGAAAUAAAUAAAAACUAGAGUGAAACGUCGUCGUGCGAAUUCGCAAGUAUUCCAUGGAACGCAACAACAACUCUCUUCAGUCUAUCUGCUACAGCUCUGGUUCGCUCCAGCUACUCGAUCAGAGAAAGCUCCCUCUGGAAGUCAUUUACUUGGAUAUCAAGGACGCAACAGAUGGAUGUUCAAGUUGGCUAACAAAUCUAAGUCAACAAUGUGAUUCUAUAGGACACUAUCUGGCAGGUCCUGCUCAACUUCUCAGGUCUGCAAUAAGGGAAAUGGUGGUCCGUGGUGCACCUGCUAUUGCUAUUGCAGCAGCACUCUCCCUGGCAGUUGAAGUAUCCAAAUUACAGGCUUUUGAUGGGACACCUGAUAAUGCUGCUUCCUUUCUUAUUGAGAAGUUGGAAUAUCUUGUCACAAGCCGGCCAACUGCAGUGAACCUCUCAGAUGCUGCAACAAAGCUCAAAGAAGUUAUAUCAAAUGCUGCUGCUACCGCCAAAGAAGCCCAGAGUGUUUUUCGGGCUUAUAUAGAAGCUGCUAAAAUUAUGCUUGAGGAUGAUGUUGCUUCAAACAAAGCAAUUGGGUCUUAUGGGGCGAGAGUUCUUCAGCACCUGCUGAAGGACUCUAAGAGGCUUUCUAUUUUGACUCAUUGCAACACGGGCAGUCUCGCAACAGCUGGAUAUGGCACUGCCCUUGGUGUGAUCCGUGCUGUUCAUACUGAAGGAUUCUUAGAAAGGGCCUACUGCACUGAAACCCGUCCAUUCAAUCAGGGAUCCAGACUCACAGCUUUUGAGCUGGUGCAUGAUAAAAUACCUGCUACUCUUGUAGCAGAUUCGGCUGCAGCUGCAUUGAUGAAAGAAGGUCGAGUAGAUGCUGUUAUUGUUGGAGCUGAUCGUGUGGCUGCAAAUGGUGAUACCGCUAACAAGAUUGGAACUUACAGUCUUGCAUUGUGUGCAAUGUAUCAUAACAUUCCAUUUUAUGUGGCUGCACCUUUGACAUCCAUAGAUUUAUCCCUUUCUUCUGGAAAAGAGAUUGUUAUAGAGGAAAGAUCCCCAAUGGAAUUGACACACACGCGUGGGGGACUUGGGGAACAAGUUGCUGCAUCUGGAAUCUCUGUCUGGAACCCAGCUUUUGAUGUCACCCCUGCUAAUCUGAUAACUGGCAUCGUUACAGAAAAGGGUGUCAUCACAAAGACAGGCACUGACGCUUUUGAAAUUAGACAUUUCAUACAAAAUCUAGCAAAUAGGCUUGUGUAAAGCGGAGGCAUGGCUUAUGGGAAGUGUACCCCCUUGUUAAACCAGAGCAUUUACAUAUAACUUGGUUAUUGAUUUGAAAAACUUUGUACUUGAUAAAAGAAAUGAGGCGAUCGGUCAUGUUCUAAAUACUCAAAUGUGGCAUGCCGCAUGCCUAUCAUUUCAUUCUAGCAAAGCUGAGGGUCAGUGUUGUUUUGUAUUUUUGUAAAUUUAGCUCAUUUUGUCAAAAUGAGUCAUUCUGAUCCUUCCACCCAAAUAUGUUAACAAAUAAGUAACAAUUGUGUUUGGAUUGGAUUCGUCUAUGAGUUGCGGGAUGUUUUUUAAUA